ACUCGAUCGCGGUCAUAAAGUCACGAGAGAGCUAUCCUGCCGCGCCUAUUUUACUCUUACUUGAGUCGAGACACUCGUCUUCUUCGAGUAAUCGGCUUGCAGAAGCUAUCGUUAUUUUCUUGAAGAGUCGCUGAAAAUCCGAGAUUUCCAGACGUAAAAUGAUGCCUGCCAAAUUCAUCGUCUUCGCUCUACUUUUUGUCGCCUGCUCUUACGCCUCGCCUCUUAGAAUGGCAACCUUACACGGUUCCUCGCUGUUGGCCGUGCCAGUCUUCGUCGAAGACCUCGAUGAAACUCAGGCUGCGAUAGACGAAGAACCGAUAUCAAUAUAUCUAUUAAGCGACGAUUCUAAGAUUGCGGACGAAAGCAAAAAUGUCAUGAAUGUCAAAAAACGCAGCAUCGAGAAAACUGAUGCCGAUGACGACCUCGAAACUGCAGCUGGCACCAAUAUUCUACGUCCUCUCUUCGUCUACCGUCAGCAGGUCGCGUAUCGACAACGUGUCAGAAAUGCGAUUCGACGAGGAAGGCAAAUAUUAAUUUAAAAGGCACCAGGAAGAAUCGAUCUGUCAAGGAUUCAGCACGACGGCCAUUAUCUCAUUUCGGUAUUAUCAGGAAGGUAAUGCAUUCGAGAUAUUUAAAAAUGCUAACGAUCUUUCAAAUCCUAGAAGAUUGAAAAAGAAUCGAGCCUGCAUAUGACAAGAAAUAUCAUCUCAUGAGUUAAUGGAUAAUCACAUUAAUAUUUGAUAAGUGACAGAUGGACAGAUAAAAGGAGAUGGAUUAUAAUGAAAGAAAAAUGGAUGACUUGAUUAAAUUGCCUGGUCGAUAUAAUUCACAUAUAAAUUGAAAGAGGCACCAAACAAAGCCGGUGGGACUUAAAAAAAGAAUACAAAAGGGGAAAAAGUCGCCAAUGAGAGAAAGUUUUCGAAAAAAGCGGACGAACCUUUAAACGACAGUAUGAGGGAUAUUGAACUUUGUAGUAAUUACGCUAAAAGGUUGUGGACCUUGUUGUUUUGGCGUACAUUAACGGCAAGAAUUAACAGAUGCGCUGACUCAACGAGACCUUUUUUUCAACGAUGUCGGAACUACAAAGGCGACUGGGAAACCCAGGAAAGCAUUUAGCUAUUUUAUGAUCACAUAUGAUCUCUUGUAUAAAUUGUAAAUUUAAGUUAGAUUAUAAUUGAGUCUUUUAAAUAGCUGAUAAGUUGCAUUUUCUUUUAAUUUUAUGUAUAUAAGUCGAUUACUAAUUUAAAUGAUAUUGAAAAGGCUGGUUACCAAAGUUGCAUUGCAGAAUGGUGCAAUUGAAUUUAUAAUUUACUUGAAUGUAUAUAUACGAGAACGUUACAUUGUGAUACGAUUUCUUCGAUGAGAAAUGUGCAAUAAAGCGAAAAUACGUGUAUAAAAUUUUAUAGAAAUACAAAACACGUUGUUUAUAAA